ACAGGGCGAUGGUCCACGGUCAUGGGCUUUGCUCCAAAGAUAUACUAGUACGUUAGUAGGAGUAACUGAUGGCAAGUGUGUCCUGUGAUGCGAUUUCGCAGUUCUACUGCAUGACGAUGCGGAUGAACAUCGACUGCAGCGGGUGUUACCAGAAGAUCCGGAGAGCUCUUCUCGAGAUGCAUGAUAUCGAGAGCCACCUGAUCGAGCGGAAGCAGCAGAAGGUGAGCGUCUCCGGCGCUUUCGUGCCGCAGGACGUGGCGAUCAAGCUCCGCAGGAGGACCAACCGCCGCGUCGAGAUACUCGAGCUCAAGGAGGUCGACGCCGCCCCCUCGGGCCCCUGAAGGCUCAAGAGAACGAGCAGGAGCUAUCUGCCAGUCCCAUGCUAUCUGAAGCUGCUGAAGAUGAACCACUGAAGAAACGAGCAGACGAACAAUGCAAAGCGUCAACAUUGACGUCUAUAGCAUAUCAAUAGUCAGCUUCAUAGGUACUGUAUAUAAUUAUGCAUGGAUAUGAUGAUAGGCUAAUGUUGCAACCGCAGUCCUGUACGGCUGUACGCGGAGUUCGUGACAAAAUGCACAACUAGUUCCGUUGAAACAAAAUGUGCACAGUUAGUUGAUAUUAGCGCAGUACACACGUGCUGCUACGAAACAACGAUUUUCAGAGCAUCAACUCCCCUUACACCACUCUCAUUCCAAAGAUAGAUAAUCCAA